CAGGCGGCGGAGCAUGGAUUCGAGAUGGACCGGCUCAAUCUCAGCUCGCUGCUUCUGGUCGAGGUGGGACAGAACUUUGAUCCAGUUCUCCACCGUGUCCUUCAUGUGUUUCUCCCUGUGCAGAUGAUCUCGCAAGGCGUGGGCUCCAAGAACGCUGAAGACCGUUACGAGGCCGUAUCCUGCAAUCUUCAGUCCUGCCUCGAGGAGAUGUUUAGCGGAGAGCCCGGCCGAGCCAUUUUGGGUGGCAUGAGUCGACAUCGUGAAUGCGUAUUUGUUGGGGGUGCAAUGUGCUGGAUCGACCGGAAGGUUGUUGACUCGGGGUAUAAGUACUACGAAUAUAUGACGUCCGGAUAGAUUUGAAACACGAAGAGACCCGCCGCGUUGCCUUCGUAUUGAGACAGUAGUGGCAUCCCCGGCAGUGAGUCGGAGUGACGAAAGGGGUACGGAUGUCGACCAGGAUGUCCGGAUAUUCGUCAGACUGGCUGCCUUCCUGUCGUCGGAGUACGUCCCGGAAUGAAUGAGAACAUCG